UCUAUUUGUAAUUCACACUCAACUCUUAUUGGCGCAUAACAAUCAGAUAAGAGAACUACUGCGCAUUACAAGCAAUUGUUGCUAAAUGAUGUGAGAGGGAACAUUUUCAAUCGCUGGGAGGGAAUCAACAGCACGGCGAGAUUCUGAAUUUGACAUAUUAGCAGCAUGGCGUCGUUUUCUCACUAAAUUUGAGUGUGGUAACGUUGUGAACGCACUGACAGAUUCCUCACGUUUUAACGCGAUAAUAUAAGACAAAUAUCACGUCUAUAUGACUGACUUUCGUUACUUAAAAGCUGUUGUCAGGUCGGCUCUUGCUAAUAAGGAAAGGGGCCCAUUCAUAACUAUGUUUGAAAAGGAAGGUUGAUCCAAUCAAGGCGCACUGGCGCAGUUGAAACCGGAAGCUGUUGAAGAUGCACUUUGGAGCGUUGUUUGUUUUAAAUGACAGAUGAUGAAUGACAUUUUUGAACAUUAAACAGAUAUAUGCAGCCCUUAGAUACAGCAUUGAAACUUACAGAUAUUAAUGGUUUUUCGUAAUGGGGCGAUUAAAGCACCUUUGUUUAUUGCUGUGUUCAGGUAAUUCACCGAAACUCCGUCACAUCCCACUGCCACUCCUACAAAUGCUCGCGGCUGUGAACUAUGUUGUCAAACUGGUAUGCCUCGUACCUGAUGAGUUAAGAUGUCGCUGUGAAUGCGAACACAGCCAUAAUUUACAGCAUCAAGGCAGGAAAUCUCUGGAGAAAUCUGAAAGUAUUAAGUGGUUAAAGUUUCCUUCUACGGAGCACAAAAGAGUGUCAAGGUACAAUGCUGGGAUUUCCAGCGAUAUGUUUCAGCUUGAUAUCCCUGCUGCAUCUUGUUUGGGGCAGAGUGAUCUACAAUAGAAAUGAUGUGUUCCUAGAAGAGAAGUCAGCAGGUUCGUUUCUCUCCCGUAAACUGUUGUAUAACAGUUGGGAUUUUGAGUUACUGGUGCCUGACAAUCUACAGAGAGAAUGCAUGGAGGAAAUAUGUUCAUAUGAAGAGGCCAGAGAGGUGUUUGAAGAUGACAUACAGACGGCCAAGUUUUGGGAAGGCUAUGUCAACAAUCAUGAGUCUUCAUCCCCAGUUGAUGUGUCUGGUUUGGUAGCUGGCAUUGUGGCUAUUGUAAUAACAGCGAUUAUAGCCACUGUGUUGGGCAUUUAUUGCUACAAGAACAGAGGCAAAAAUUCAAGAGGGGCCAGUGUUCCUGUGCGUAUAGGUGUAGAUGGGCAGCCAAUACCGGAGUCUGUGCCCUUGGCUAACAGGGCUCCAGGUCUCCCCUCGUACAAUGAGGCUCUGACCCACAGCGGCCAGCAUGAUGCACCUCCACCGCCGUACUCUGGGGGAAGUCCACCCGAGCCACCACAAACUCAAGAAGAGGAAUAACAAAGACAUGAUGAUGUUGUUGUUGUUGUUGUUGUUUUUAAAUGGGGGAGGGGAGAGGGGUGAUACAGGGUUUUACUGGUGAAAAAGUGCAGCUUCAGUCAGUAGAUAAUUUAUUAUACUUAUGCUACGUGUUCAGCAGUUAACCCUAUUUUAUUCUUUAGAAUUAUUUUGCUACUAUCAUCAUGGAACACAGUUUCGGUGUGAAUGCUGUCAAUAUUUUCAUGAAUCAGAUUUGUUCAUUUUUAAAAAAAAGUUUUAUCAAAUGGAAUUUAAUUU